AUGGCCGUGCAAGUCAAUCACGCCAGCUUCUGUGACUUACCAGUCACCACGGCGGUCUUGCCGCUCAAGUCCAGCUCUGCAUUUGAUCAGCUGGCUUCAACAGACAUCUUCCCUUGCUAUUGGGAUUUGGUUGAGGGUCUGCCGCGUUGA